CGCACUGAGGAGCCGACUGUUGUUGGUGGUGAUCAGAUUGUAAAGACCAGCGCUGUUUUUGUGCAGAAACAUGUUGGAGGAAAUAGAUGAGCCUGUCUUACAGACAGUGAACAGCAGGAAAAGACGUCAUCAGCCUGAAAAUGCUGCUCGUACUGAGGCGAAAGAAAACCGGUACAGCGGUUCUCGCUGCGUCCCAUCUAUAGCCUGCAAUCACAACAGUCCUGCGUGCGCCGCUGCCAGUCUGACAGAAACCGAUCUGGGACACAUUAAAGAGCAACUUUAUCGCACCAGUGACAAAGUUAAACAAGACGCAAUCCUGCUCACGUUUAUGGAUGCUGCUCCAUGUAAACGGAGGAGGCCGCAGGUGGAGGAAGAGGAGAAGAGACGACGUCGAGAAGUGUCCAUAAAGUAUGCUGUCUACAAAGAAGACAAAACACGAGUUCCUGUCUGCCAGGCUUCGUUCCUCAGCAUUUUCUGUAUCAAGAAAAAUCGAGUCCAGGGUGUGGCAAAGUACUGGCUUGAGACUGGCAAAGCACGUCCUGAAAAUCGUGGAGGCUUCAGAGAAAGUGGCGCCUUGGCUGCAAAGAAGGAAAAGAUCAGACUUCACAUCCAGUCUUUCGCCUGCAGAGCUAGCCACUAUGCUCGACAUGGUAACCUUGGAAAAAAAUUCCUGCCUAGUGACUUGAGCGUGGCAGUGAUGCACCGCAUGUUUCUCGAGCAAAACCAUGAGCAGGUAUCCUACGCACUCUACAGGAGUAUUUUUGUGCAUGAUUUUAAUCUGGCCUUUGGACAUCCUGCCGAAGAUGUCUGCUCGUCGUGUGCCAAGUAUCGCGUUGCAGUCAAAGACACUGAGUUGUCUGCGGAGGAGAAGCGUAACAAAAUCCUGCAGUAUACAGUACACCGACGCCAAGCCCGCCAGCUUUACCAAUUAUUGAAUGAUGUGGGUGAGAGCUUCACGGUGUGCUUUGACAUUAUGGAGAACUUGGUUCUUCCAGAGUCUGGGGUUGGUCAGACGUACUCCUCAAAGCAGCUGUACUUCUAUGUGUUUGGUGUGGUGCGUCACCGUGGCACAGAAUACCCUCUAAGCAGACAUGACAUCAACCUCUACACCUGGCUUGAGUGUGAGAACUCAAAGGACAGGAACAUCAUUACCUCAGCUCUACAACACUACUUUGCAUCAGUGGCUCGAGUUGACCUGUGCCAGUGUCAGAGCCUGCGCCUGUUCUCUGACUCCUGCUAUGUACAGAAUGAGGACAUCAAUGUUCUGUCCAUGUUAUUUGCUCUCCGUUCGCAGCUGUUCCCUCAGCUCAACAUCACCUACUUCUUUCCUGUCCGAGGACACAGUUUCUUUCCAGCUAACAGAGUGUUAGGAAGAAUUGAGCAGGAUAUCCGGAAACAUCCAUCCAUUCUUCUGCCAGAUGAGUACACCAACAUCUUGCAGAGGCAUGGCACGGUCCACCAAUAUAGAAAGGAUUGGCAGUCCUAUGACUUUACAAAGGAAGCAGCGUCCUUCACAACCACUCAGAGGACCUUCAAAAUCAGUGAUGCAAGAGUGUUGCAAAUCUCAGGAGAUAUGCUGGGGUUCAAGGCUUCGUUUACUGGUGAAUUUUGCCAGCACUCUGUGUUGAAGCAAGGCAAGAGGUGGUCUCAGUUCAAGCCAGCUCCUCUUCCUGAUGUGAACUGUGUCAAGGAGGAGAAGAAAACAGAUGUCCUGAAGCUGCUAGACUUCCAACAACAACAUAUCUGUAAGGAGGAGGUUCUCACAGAUCAGCAGGUCUGUAACCAGGACCUGGAGCCUCCACAGAUUAAAGAGGAACAGGAGGAAGUCUGCAGCAGUCAGGAGGGAGAGCGGCUUGGACUGAAGCAGGAGGCUGAUACCUUCAUGGUGACUCUUAAAUAUGAGGAAAGUGACCACAGUGAAGCAGAACCAAACAGUGAGCAUGUGGACUCAAGAUCAACUAGAAAUGCAGAUCUGAAAAAGACGAGACACCACAGAAAGAGAAGUCACAGUCAGAGAGCAGAAAACACUCCUGUGUCAGAGAGUCAGAGUCAAACUGGCACAAAGAAAAAGUCUGUACAAUGUGACGCCUGUGGGAAAAGAUUCAGGUGGAGGAUACAGUUAAAGAAACACAUGAGAAUUCAUGCUGGUUAAAAGUUUCAUGCUCAGAAAAUGUGGGACAGCUGUGAGUUGUAGCAGUGUGAUGGUGGUAGAGCUCACACUGAGCAGAAGUCAAGUCACUUCAACACCGGAGUGAAAAGAUGACCCCCUGUUUAAGUCAGUAUUUUUCAUGCAGAGCAGUAAAGAACUCCCAGCAUUGUUUAUUGGGUUUAUUACCUUAUAAUUGUAUCAGGGAAAUCUUACAUUUCAUGAAGGUCAAAGUUCAAUAUGUUCCUGUUCUGUUGGUUUAUUGUUUAGUUCUGUUGUUUAACAGUGUUUGUGUUCUUUAACUUCUUUUGAGUGUUUUUCUUUUUUUUUUUUAGUUUUAAUCUCUAUUAGGUAAAAGCAGUAUAACAGAGUGUUCUGCCUUAUGAAUCUCGACAUAUUUUCCAUUGAAAAUCACCUAAAUUGAUGAUCAUAGGCUCUGUGACGGAUCCGCAAACUGUGUCUGAGUCCACCUGAAUUCUCCAUUAAAAGAAUGAAUAAAGUGAGGGUGCUAUUCCAUCAAUAGAUUCCAAUUUUACUGUAUGAUUAUUUAAACAAUUAAAUGGUCAUAAACUGCAGGAAAAACGUUUUUUUAUUAAAUAAAAACUGGCCUGAGGUCAGCUUCGCCCCUUGUGGUCUGCUGCUGUCUCAGUCUGUAACACACAGGUUGUCCAGUAAACUCAUUCUGAGCUU